AUGGCUGAAGACUUGAAAGCGGAGAUUCUGGCCAGCAUAAGGGAAGACCUAAAAAACGUUAUAAGAGAUGAGCUCAAAUCGGCGCUGGCAGACGAGAUUAGCUCGAUCAAAAACGACCUACAAGGGCUAAAGACGCUAAUCGCUAACGAUGUCACCGCUAUCCGUGCUGACAUGGAGCUCGUAAAGACAGAUGUAAACGAGGUGAAAGAUGGUUUGAACACAUGGUCUGAUGAAGUGUCAACACUACAGACAACAGUGGAAAGCCUCCAGAAAGAGAUAAAGACAAUGCGGUAUAAAUCUCGACUUCGAAUAACCCAUAAUGGCAACAGCAGAGAGUUUGUGGAUCAUCGGAAGGCUAUGGACUAUGCCAAACAGAUCCUAAUGGAGGAGCGGCCUGCAGCAAACGACUAA